GAGAGAAGGAGGGAGGGCAGGAGGGAGGGCACGAAGGAGGGAGAAAAGAAACCGGGCAGGUGACACGGCGCGGUCUUGCUCCGGCUCGGCGGGCGCGGAGCGGGCGGCAGGAGCGCGGCGGCCAUGCACGUCAAUGGGAAGGUGGCUCUGGUCACCGGCGGGGCGCAGGGCAUCGGCCGGGCUUUCGUCCAGGCGCUGCUGGGCAAGGGCGCCAAGGUAGCCCUGCUGGACCGCAACUCCGAGGCCGGACAGGAAAGCAAGGCGGCCCUGGACGAGCAGUUUGAAGCGCAGAGGACGCUGUUCAUCCCGUGCGAUGUGACGGACCAGGAGCAGCUGAAAGGUGCUUUCAAAAAAGUAAUUGAACAUUUUGGAAGGCUGGAUAUUGUGGUUAAUAACGCUGGAGUGAACAAUGAGAAGGACUGGGAAAGCACUAUACAAACUAACUUGACAUCUGUGAUUAGAGGAACCUACCUUGGCCUAGAAUACAUGAGAAAAGGAAAUGGAGGCGAUGGAGGAGUAAUCAUUAAUAUGUCGUCCUUGGCAGGACUCAUGCCUGCUGCAUUCCAGCCUGUGUACUGUGCUACAAAGCACGGUGUAAUUGGAUUCACACGGUCCAUAGCACUAGCUGCUAAUAUGGAAAACUAUGGCGUGAGACUCAACACAAUUUGUCCAGGAUUUGUCAACACACCAAUUCUUCAGUCAAUAGACAAAGAAGAGAAUAUGGGACAAUACUAUUCAUACAAGGAUGAGAUAAAAAAUAUGAUGCAGUUCUAUGGCGUGAUGGACCCAUCAAUAAUUGCUGAGGGAUUGAUAACAAUAAUUGAAGAUGAUACUCUAAAUGGAGAAGUUAUGAAGAUCACAGCAUCCCAAGGAAUUCAUUUUCAGCAAUAUGGCCAAACACCUUUUACAUCAUCCAAGAGAUAAAUAAUUGUUUUGCACUAGUUAAUUUUAGCUUUUCUUAAAUAGAAAAAAUUUUGAAAAGAGUAAUUUGGGGGGAAAAAAGAUUAGUGUUGUUUCUAGAUCAGUGACAGUGUUCAAACAUUUGCAUCCUAAUAACAAAGAGAUAGGAGAGAAAAUCAGUUGUGGGACGAUGUUACCAGCCUAUUCUUAUUCUAUAAGCACUAGUAACAGUAUUUAUUUAGUAGAAUAAACAUAUGGCUCUGAAGCCUUUUUUUAUAAUUAUUUAGUAGUAGGGGCCACUUUUUUUCAUUCUGGUUGUUCUGGUCUACAUAUUCCAAGCAUAGUUUAGUUGAUCUGACUUACUUUGUUAUAAUUCUUUUCACUGUAGUGCCUACUAAUUUACAUCUUGAAUUCUUCAGACUAGGAAUUCAGUUCAGGAACCUAGAUCACAAAUGUAGCCAUAAGGAAUUAAGAAUUAACUUUCUCUUGUGAAAUGUUGCAUAUGUGCAACUUAGCAUAUUGUAUACUGUAUAAGGAAGUACUGAUUUUUAACUUUUUGGAUUUUAGAUAUUUAUAAAAUAUUUCAGAAAUAUUUUUGUUUUCUUUUAUAAUAUAUAUAUAUGUGAAUUUUCUCACUCUGUAUAUACAAGAAUGAAUAUUUUGGCAUUGAUUGAAAUGUUUGCUUGCCUUUUAAAUCUUAUUUUCUAAACCUUUAAUUUCUUGCCUUCAUCAAGUAUAAUUUCAAUUCAAUCCUGAAUAAUCUGGUUUUUAUGCUGUUAUAUACAUGUGCCUUUUACUUGUAUUUUUUCACGUGCAUAUUCUCAGAAGUAGCAUGUUAUAUGGUAGCAAUCAAAAUAAAAAUUGAGCUUCCUACCUCCUGAGCAGUACUGGACCUUCUGAAUCCAGGUCAAACCUCAGCUGCAUUUAUGCAAAAAUCUUCAUACUUCCUGGGUUACAUGCCUAACAAGAAUAAUUUUUUGCAUGGUAAUUUAAUUAGGCUCAUAGUAUAAGAAGAUUUAAUAGCUCCUGGGAAAGCUGGAAAGUGAAUAUUCACCCUUCUUAGGAGUACUGACUUUCAUUUCAUUGAUCUUUGUUACUGAAAGAGUGGAAACAAUAGUUCUUACCUUCUGUGGAAGGGAGUAAUAAGUCUGUGGGGAGAAGAAAAGAAACAGAAACACAUGCUUUGAAUUUCUCAUCAUUCUCCCAGUGCCUCCAUUUUUGGAUAUGUUUAUGCUAUUUUUAAACCCAUUUUGAAUGCACACAGAAUGCUAGGCACACCUUUAGCAUCCCUGACAGCAUCUGUAUAUCCUUCUGGAUUAAAAACUGUUAUCUGAUUUGA